AUGCGGUGUGCGAGCAAGGCCGCCGAGAGCGCGUCAGCACGUCUCUGCGCUCGUCAUGAAGACACUCAUGUCUUCACAGAGUAUGAGCUCGGAGUCUCAUGCUCUCCUGAUACGGAAGACGGAUCUGUAUCUACGGCGAUCGAAUCCAAGCCGCCUGCCAAGCGUGGCAUGGAUGAUGCUAUGCGUCGUAGCAUCUUUGGUUCAUCUGAUGAAUCAGAUGAACCAUCGCCGAAGCGAAGGCGCUCGAGGUCGCGAGACUCGGGCGCUAACAGUGGUGUCGGUUCUCCUAUGGACACCACUUCGCAACGAGGUGCCAGUCCUUCUGUCGGCACAUCGCAAGAAGAGCGGGACCGCAGUGUGUUGCGUCUCGCUCCCGAGAAGAAAGCAUGGAUGACUCCAAAAUCAGUCAUGGAUCACUUUUCGGCGACGACAAGUGAUCGCUAUCGAACACGACUGUUCGAUGCUUUAAGGAUCCAUCACCUUGACCCCAUUGCGAAAAACUAUCGCGCUGAAAACGAUCUUCAUCGAUGCUUCCUUCAGACAUCGAUGGAUGUAGGUCGUGAUGUUUGGAACGACAAACUUAUCAAAGCUCGUGAUAAGUUUGAAAAGCGAACCCCGACAGAUGCACGCUACAAGCUGCAUCGUCUGUCAAGGGAGAAAGGAUUACCCUUUCUCUUCUGGGAAGACUCGAGCCCAUGUUGUGUGAACAACUCUGCACGAGCACCUAAGGAGGCUUACCUCCCUACUAGCCCGUGGUGGCGUGUACGUAUCUCUACUGAGGUGUACGAAGGGAUUGACAACCUGAAAUCCUUUUACGACCGUGCCGGGAAGACUUUCUCCGGCGGUCCUUCUGCGGCACAGGAUGUGCCGCGUCGUACUGCUGAACCAGACCCAGUACGUCGAUCAUCAGUUGGGAGCCGGGCUCCCAAGUAUCCCAGGACGGGGGAUAGUCGCGCCACCGGACGAGAUAACUCGUCCGACGUCCGUUCACGUCGCGGUGGUUCAACAGCUGCUCAACUAGAUAGCGCUGGCCACCGCGAGAGUCCUCUAAUGGAGGUGGAGGAGGAGGAAACACUCUCCACACAAUCGUGGGGAAGCGUGUGUUCCCGAGAGAUUCUUUGA